AUGAACAUCAUCAAAUUAGCAUGCUUUGCUUUGGCUGUUGCCUUCAAACUCGAAACCGUUGAAUCAAAAGAUUGUGGGGGUGCGCCUGGAUGGGAACAUGCUUGCAUUUUUGACCAUUAUACCGACAAAAUACGAAAAAAAGUUUACCGAGCAGAGAAUGUCCGCUGUCGGAGGGAGGAGAUCGACAUUUGCUGUCCUCCGGGCAAGUUGGUAGAUCUCAAAUUUGUUUUAGUGGAACAAGCGUGGAAGAUGCAUUGCGAGGGACAAGCCAUCUGA